ACAACACAAGAAGUGGUGACAGAAUCCACCAAACCUCCUACGGUCGAGACCAGCGGCCCAUCAACGCCUACUUUUUAUACAAGCACAGUUUCAAAAACUACGAAUUUUACAUCCAUUGCACCACUCACACAAACGCUUCCUAUUAUAACGGGCACAUUGCCUUCAUCAACUCAAUUUUCCACAGCAUCACACGGGGUGGUUACAACUGGAAUCAUCACUACUCUGAUUGAAUCUACCACAGUGGAAGCCACAUCCCAGGUGUCACAGUCUAGUCAGUCUUCAUCCUCAGUUCAACCACCAACCACAGGUAUUGCAACUUCUACUCUUGAAACAACAACAGAAUGUUUCUGCAAGUACAGCAACAAAGACUUUCCAGCAGGGACAUACAUUUAUAAUGAGACUGAUGGUGAAGGGUGGUGCUUCACUGCUUUCUGCAGUGCCUCCUGUGAAGUACUGAAGCAGUCAGUGCCUUGUCACACCACUAUCUCACCACCCAUUUCAUCAAGCACAACCCUGGAAACUUCUGCCCCUGUUCCUACAACAUCAGAAACGGCAACCUCCUUUGUAACAACUCUUACAGUAUCAACAGCAUCUUCAACAACUUCAGUCUCAACUUCUUCCUUCCAGACCACUACAUCUGGGCCUGACUGCAGCAACCUUCAGCCGCCAAGAAAGGAUGGAGAGUCAUGGAAGGUGGAUAACUGCACCACAGCCACGUGUCUCAAUGGCACUGUUCAUGAGGUUCCAGUUGAUUGUGCCCCAGUGACUACCCCCGUUUGUGUGAACGGCUAUACGCCGAUGAAGGUCAAAGAUGAAUCUGGAUGUUGCUUCAGCUAUGAAUGUCAAUGUGCUUGCAGUGGGUGGGGUGGAAGUCACUAUGUGACCUUUGAUGGAGAGUCCUACACCUUUGAAGAAAAGUGCACAUAUGUAUUGGUUAAGGAGAUUGUUCCCAGAUAUGACUUCAGCGUUCUCAUCGACCAUUCCUACUGUGUCCCUGGAAGCAUGACAUGUGUGGAGUCAUUGAUUGUGAAUUAUAAGUCCAACCAUGUUGUUCUUUCCCAGAAAGUAACACAAAAUGACACUACUUAUGUGGUGUUUGUCAACGAGAAGCAGGUCUACCCCGCUUUCUCCAAUGGGGACCUGCUCAUUACAGACAGUGGUAUGGAUUUAGAGGUGCAGAUCCCCAACAUCCAAGCAACAGUGGUGUACAAAGGCAGUAUCUUCAGUAUCCAUCUGUCCUACACCCUCUUCCAUGAAAAUACAGAGGGCCAGUGUGGUACCUGUGACAACUCAAAAAAUAAUGACUGCCGUUUGCCCAGUGGCGAAAUCGUGUCUUCCUGCUCUACUGCUGCUCCCUUCUGGAAUGUCACUGACAAUAACAAGCCCAGCUGUCCCCACCCAACAACAUCUCCACCUGCUACCACAGCACAGACCACUCCCACCACUUGUAGCCCAACCAUCUGUGGCAUCCUGCUCAGCAAUGUGUUUGACGCAUGCCACGAGCUCGUCUCUGUCAAGGCCAUCUAUGAAUCCUGUCUGUCAGAUGUUUGCCACAACACCCACCCGGGCUGCUCCAGCCUGCAGACGUACGCUUCCUUGUGUGCUGCUGCUGGAGCUUGCAUAGACUGGAGGAACUCCACUAAUGGAGAAUGCGAGUACAAAUGUCCCCAAAACAAAGUCUACCAGGCUUGUGGCCCUGCUGUACAGCAAACAUGUAAUGAAAGAUACAACAAGAAGUAUGCCAGCCUCAUGCAGUUACAACAGACAACCAGCACGGGAGCUAAAGAAGGGUGUUUCUGCCCCCCUGGGAAAACCCUGUUCAACACCUUCUCAGACACUUGUGUCAGCUCCUGCGACUGCACUGGACCUGACGGCCAGCCCAAACAGGUUGGAGAGACAUGGCAGAGCAAUUGCAUGCAGUGCGUGUGUGAUGAGGACUCCAUGAGCGUGCACUGUCAGCCUGUGCCGUGUUCAGCUCAGACAAACGUCACCUGCGACCUGGAGGGUCAGGUGACGGUGUACGAGACGGUGGACUGUUGCCAGAGGAGCAGAUGUGAAUGCAAUGUAUCACUAUGCCCUAUGCCCGAACAAUGCUCAGCGGGAUACCAGCUUGUUGUAAAACAACCGGAAGAAGGCUGCUGCCUUACCUAUCACUGCGAACCGAAAGAAGUCUGCGUCUUCAAUGACACUGAGUUUGUGGUGGGGGCCAAAGUCCCAGGGGACGACUGUGAGGUGUGUAGCUGUAGUGCCGCUGUCGAUCCCGUCACCAAGCUGCAUACCAAAGAGUGUAGCCCUGUCCCCUGUGACACGCACUGCCAGCAGGGCUUUACAUACCAAACGGUGCCAGGGCAGUGCUGUGGGAAGUGUACGCAGAAGAGCUGCAUUGUGCAUUUGCCAGACAACACGACACAACUUGUUGAUCUUGGACAGACAUGGUCUCCUGCUGAUGACAAGUGUAUGAAAUAUGAGUGUGAAAAGAUUGAGGACCAGCUGGUGCCUGUGCAAUCUAAGCGUGUCUGUCCUGUGAUUUCUCCAGGGGACUGCAUACCUGGUACUGAAACAACUGAUGCAGAUGGUUGCUGCCAGACCUGCAUUUUAGUCCAUAAAUGCAACAUCUACAAGAACAACACCAUUCUAGUCCACAACGGCUGCCAGUCUACAGGCCCUGUGGAAUUGUCCUCGUGCUCAGGAUCGUGCGGAACCUCUUCUAUGUACUCUGCAGAGGCCGAUGCCAUGCUCCACUCCUGCUCUUGCUGUCAGGAAGCUUCCACAAGCAAAAGACAGGCGGAGAUGGUCUGCCCAGAUGGCUCCAGUAUCACCUAUACGUACAUCUAUGUGGAGAGCUGUGGAUGCAACUCUGUUGAAUGUGAUGAUGGGGGGUCCCCAGCCACAAAGGCAUUGAAACAAAACCGAAGGCGAAGAGAAUUAAGGAGGAUCUGAUCUCAUAAACGACGGCCUGCUCCUGCUGUUAAAACUACUAAGUGAAUAUUAGCCUGUCCAGUCUGUUUUCAUUUUUUUGUGCAUGCUUCUUAGAAUCUGAAAACUAAGCAUUAUCCAGUAUAUAUGCUUGUAAAUGUUUCUUGGUUUGCACCUGUAUUCAUUGCUCAAUAAAAUGUAGCCAAUUGCAAAGUC